UUUCUGACAGCAACAACAUUGGUGAAAACGUAGCUCUGUAUUUAUAAGGAAGAGAGGUUUUUGUGGUACACACUUCCGAAAAUAAAAACAAAAAUAAGAAAAGACGAAGUUUCGGUUUGGAUACAAUCCGUGACGAGCUGCAAAUUUUAACGUAAUAAAUCAUCGACAAACUCUCGAUUCAAUUCCAGUUUGUGCUUCAAUUUCUUGUUUUCGAAUUAUGUCGGAAUAUUAUAGUUCCGCAAAGUUCAAAGUAAUUAUUUCAAAUCGUUUAAUUAAUCAAUUUACCAGCCGUGAACUAGCUUGUUAGACUUGAAUGCAAUAAGGAUAAAGGCGGACUACUUUCACAGGACUGUUAUCACCAAUAUAAUCAAGCUCAAUGAACGAUCCGAAUCGCAAUGAUGACGAUGCCGAAGGAGAUUCGUCUCAAAGUUCCGAUAGAGGAAACCAAUUGCUCGAAGAAUUUCGCCAGCAAUGGAAAAAAGAAUUAAAGCCAAAUGAAUCGGUUGCCGAUACAACUGGCGACGUUGAUUGUGAAUCAAGUCAAAAAAUAGACGAGGACAAGGCAAAAUCACUGUUCACCGAAGCGGUUGAAUUGGAAAAGUUGGGUAAAGUUUUCGAGGCAAUGAAUCUAUACCGGAGAGCCGUUCAAAUUGUACCUGACAUUGAGUUUCGAAUUUACGAUGCUGUGAAGCAUCAAACCAAACCACCGAAAACGGAACGGUCAACAGAUGAUCAGCUCAAUGCUAAUUUCAGUAAAUGUGAUACGGACGAUGAAGACUUGGAUGGCGUCGAUUUAAUGGAACGAUUUCAGGUGGCUAUUGCCAAGAGUGAAUGUUUGUUCAGUCGUGCUACCGAUCCCGGAGUUAUUUCAACGGCUGGCUUACAUUUUUCCGACCUUCCGGUCGAAAUCAUUUUUUAUAUUUUGCGAUGGGUUGUUUCUUCCGAAUUAGAUAUGCGUUCGCUCGAACAAAUAUCAAAAGUUUGUCGCGGUUUCUAUGUCUGUGCUAAGGAUCCGGAAAUAUGGAGACUGGCUUGCCUUAAAAUUUGGGGCAUCUAUACCGGUGACUUAGGCGAAUAUCCUUCAUGGCGAGAAAUGUUUCUCAGCCGGCACCGGGUACACUUUAACGGUUGCUACAUUAGUAAAAUGAGCUAUCUCCGCUACGGUGAAAAUUCAUUUCAAGAUCAAUUCUAUCGGCCCGUACAAAUCGUCGAGUACUAUCGAUAUAUGCGAUUCUUCUCCGAUGGCAGCAUGCUCAUGAUGACCACAGCCGAUGAACCAGCCCAAACUGUUGGAAAGCUGAAGAGCAGAAAUGCCAGGAACGAUGUACUGAAGGGACAUUACAGGCUACACGAUGACGUUGUUGUCAUUGUUCUGAAACGAAACCGAACCGCCCAACAUCAAUAUAUGAAACAGUCGAGACGGGGUAGCGUAAUCGACGAUUCAGCAUCGUCCAGUCAGAGUUUCUACUUGGAAUUGAACAUUUUACCGAGUGGCAGUAAACGGCAAUUCAAUCAGUUGAAGUGGAAACAUUAUGCGAUAAUUCAGGGAAAAAAUCAGGUGAAGACUAACUUUGAACUAACGGCGUCCAAGUAUCCGCCAUUAUUAUUUUCGCGAGUGAAAAGCUAUCACUCUUAUUCGGAAAGUCCGUUGCAAUAAAGGAUGAAAAUGAAAAUGAAAUUAAAACUUAAAACCUCCGAUUGGAGGAUGAACUUUUUCUAUUUUUUGUUUUGUUUUUGUUUUGUUGAGAAAUAAAAGAAUUUAACGUUAAAA